CUUUCUCGGGGUGUCGCGGUGAUGGAAAUGAAACGCCGCCGCGGAGCUCCGCCCACAAUAGGAAGGGCGCAUCCCGGUAGCUAGCAGGCUAGCUGUGCUCCGUGUGUACACACCGAUAUAACGAUGGCGGUUAACCUCAGCAAAAACGGGCCCGCGUUAACGGCCGCCUUCAAAGAAGUGGUGGACGAAAAGUCCAGCACCAACUGGGCCUUGUUCACCUACGAGGGAAACAGUAAUGAUAUCCGCCUGGCAGAGAAAGGAGAUGGAGGACUGGAGGAGCUGGUUGAGGAGUUGAACAGUGGAAAAGUGAUGUAUGCUUUCUGCCGGGUCCAGGAUCCAAAUUCUGGUCUGCCUAAAUAUGUCCUCAUCAACUGGACUGGAGAAGGAGUGAAGGACGCCAGGAAAGGACUCUGUGCAAAUCAUGUCAGCUCCAUGGCCAAUUUUCUUAAGGGAGCUCACGUCACGAUAAACGCGAGAGCAGAGGAGGACGUGGAACCCGAGGCGAUCAUGCAAAAGGUGGCCAAAGCCUCGGGAGCCAACUACAGCUUCCACAAAGAAUCCAGCCGCUUCCAGGACAGCGGUCCUCAGGGCCCCGUGGGCUCGGUGUACCAGAAGACCAACGCCAUGUCUGAAAUCAGAAAGACCAACAAAGACAACUUCUGGGCUCAGGCGGAGAAAGAAGAGGAGAAACGUCGGCAGGAGGAGCGGCGCAAGGCAGACGAGGAGCGUCAGCAGCUGGAGAAAGACAGGAAAGACAGAGAGGCCAAGGAGGCGAUGCAGAGGGACAAAAGGGACAAGGAGAGGUCCUCUCAAAUCGAGCAACAAAAGAAGUAUCAGCAGCAGCAGGAAGCUGAGAGUAAAGAGCAGGAGAAACAACGUUGGGAGGAGCAGGAGGAGAACCAGGCAGCUCCGAAGAAAGCAGUCAAGAGAGGUGAAUCUGUGGAAAAAGCCAACGAAGCGGCUUCUCUCAUCUCUCAGCGAGCUGUAAACCCCAGAGAGAUGUUCAAGCAGAGAGAGCGGGGAAUAACUCCCAGUGACUCGGACGCGCCCUCUGCCGCCCCUGCUAGCCCACAGCCAGGGCGUCUGCAAAGCCCUUUUCUGUCUAAGCCAGUGUAUGAAAGUGAGCGAGCCAGCUCACCUCAGCGCCAAGCUUCUCCUGUGCCAGCAGGCUCCGCCUCUCCUGUCCGUGCCACAGAGCCUGAUGUGGAUGACGGACAGUCCAGGUGUGAGUAUGAGGAGCAGGAGGCGACUCCCCAGGAGCAGAUAGAAGAGGAAGCACCAGCUGCAAACUCCUACGUCCAAGAGCCCUUUUAUGAAGAGCCAGCUCAGGUGGAGGAGUCUUACGAGGUGACUGCUGAGGAGACGUCCGACAGAGGCAUCUGUGCCAGAGCCUUAUAUGACUACCAGGCCGCCGACGACACUGAGAUCUCGUUCGACCCUGACGACAUCAUCACCGGCAUCGAGAUGAUCGAUGAGGGCUGGUGGCGAGGCUACAGCCCGGACGGCCACUUUGGAAUGUUCCCCGCCAACUACGUGGAACUCGUCUAGCCCGGCGCCCGUCUCUCUCUCUCUCUCUGUCUCUCUCUGUCCCCCUCUCUCUCUCUCUCUCUCUCUCUCUCUCCCCCCCACAACUCCCACCGCCCCAGAUUAUCACACUGGCAGCCUUGGCAGAGGACCUCUGCAGUUUAAAAACAACACACAGCAAAGUCAGUCACACACACACACACACACGUGAACGAUCCUCCCAACAUCGCGGACCAAUGAAGCGGACGGUAACGCGGGCCAGAAGAAAUCUCUCCUCAUUCCAAGAAAAGCAGUUCCGUUAAAUUGUCGGUGUUGUAAUCAGACGAUGGCAUAGUUUAGGGACCCGUGAAGACCAAAACUUCCCCCUCGAUAAACGAUAUAUAUCUCUCUACCUAUAAAUGUGAUGCAGUACGAUAUCAGCCUUCGUUAAGUCUUAAAUUCAAUUGUGAGCAUUAAUAGCACUUCUUGUUAGCAUUCCUUACAAAGUGACUUAAGUUCGAUUUCAGGUAUACUUUUGUUGUGACUUGUAGCAAAUGUUCCUGACCUCAACGGUACCUGCUACAGUUACAAACCUUUGCCUCGUUUUUUGCCUUUCUUUACCGGCAGACUGAAUUUUUCCUCUUGUUGUUGUUUUUUUUUAUUUUUUAUGUGAUUGAACUUAACAUCCUGUGUGAAUUUCAAACAUAUGUUUUAGUACUGAUCAGACUGUGGUUGAAGUGAAUAUUCAAAAAAAACAAAAAAGAACCAAAAAAAACCAAACAGAUGUUUGCUGUGCUCGGGGUGGUCGACUUUAACGGGGGGGAAUUCAUGAAACGGUUAAGUUCCCUUUGACUGUGACGAUAUAACCGUUGUUUCACUUCAAGUUCUUCAUCAUCUGAACCGAAUCAUUUCAACAUAUUUAACUUUUUUGUUUUUUUGUUUUUUUGGAUCUCGCUGGUCUGAGGUUGAUUUUGAGUGCACAACAGAUCUCUAAUAGUAAAAAUGAGGUAUUAUGGUGCCAUAAUAAGGGGAAGUGAUUGCAGCAGAGUUAUGCAAGUUCACUGUUUUUUUUUUUUUUAUAUCAUGGAUCAAAAAAAAAAAAAAAAAAAAAAGUCGCCCUUUUUAUGAUUUUAGGUCGGUCGACGAAAGGAACAAGUGAAUUGAUCAUGACUAGAAAAGGGCAUCGUGUAUCCACUGCAUUAUUCAUGUUUGUUUUUCUCCAGAGUCUAUUGUAACGCACAGACGUUCUUCAUAAUAAAAUAAAAGAAACGAGCGAGCCGUGUCGUGUCGUUGCAUCACUUCUCUCAAGCGGCAUCGAUCGCACAGGCUGCAUAAUACGUUUAAGAAAAAAAAAAAGUUGAAAUAACAGAAAACCUGUAGGGAUUUUCAGAGGUCUAACAGGAACUCAGACGUACACACAGGCUCUUAUGUGCUCUACAAUCAGUUUCCUGGAAUGAGGUAACAGCUGGGGAAUUCACCUCUAAUGCAUAGGUUUCAUUUUCACACGAAAAAUCUGAUUUUACUUCUCCCACAUCCUUCAGUUACAUCUCUGUUCAGGUGAAUUUUAAAUGAGCUCUGCAAACUUCAAUUUAUUAAAUGAUUGACAAAA